AUAUGCCAAAUAAAAAAUACAAAUUGAAAAUUUUUAAAAUAAUAUAAUCAUCUCUUUGUUGUAAAAUUUCUCAGGAUUCAGUGAUAACAACAAUAAUUACAAUAUUUUGAAGUGAAUUAAAAAAAAAUCAAAACAACAACAUAUUUUUGUGUAUUCAAAAGAUCUCAGGUUUUCGACGACGUUAUUAGCAUUCUUAUUUUUUAGUAUUUACUCAUAAUGAGUGCAAAGAGGAUAUGUAUUAAAAAAAAACAACAAACCUUAGAUGUUGGUGACAAGGAUAAAAAAGUUGUCAUUAAUUCACUGGACUAUGACUCAUUAGCAAAAAUUAUCAUGUGGUUGCCAAUACCAGAAAGGAUAGACAUGGAAGAAGUUUGUACCAAAUGGAAAGAGGCAUCCCAACUUGCUUGGUAUGACAUUAAAAAAUACAAAUGUGAAUCAUCAAUUGGACGCUGUUAUGAUAACCGUUUGUUGACACAAUCAUACCUUGAGGAAAUAUUAUUAAGAUGUGGUAAUUAUCUAAAAGAAUUGUCUCUCUCAGAUGUUUGUGAUUCAAGUAUUAUGCCAUUUGUUAGUGAUCACUGUAAAAAUUUAACAACCUUGGAAUGUAAAUUUGAUUACAAUUUCUUAAUUGAUAAUGCUGAUCAUUUUGUCCAAGCAUUUACACAGUUGGAUAAAUUAGCAUGCAUUAAAAUAACGGUGGGUCACAACAGCUACUUGGAGAACACAAUUAAUCUCUCUGCAAUAAGUAAUAGCCUUCCCGAAGAAAUUAAGGAAAUUCAUUUAUUUUCUAAACCUCGGUAUAAUCGAAAACUACAUAUUUUCAUGAGUCUCCAAAGAUUCAGAAAUCUUCAAAAAUUAACAUCAGUUGGCCUUUGUUUAGACAACAUAAACCUUCAAGAAAUAGCAGACAUAACAACACUUGUUCAUCUUGACAUUAGACUCUAUAAUAUACACACAAACCUUUUUCUAUUUAAUAAACUCGUUAACUUGGAGUAUAUCGACUUAACAAUGGGUAUUGAGUGUGAUGUCACCAACUUUUCUACAAAAGUACUUGAAACUAUUUUUUGUACAUGCAAAAAUUUAAAACAUCUUAAUAUUCCAGCUGCUUCUUACAAUAUAGCUGAAAUUCCUCGGAAAAAAUGGAUAAACUUUCGAAACUUGGAAUAUCUUAGUAUUUGUUGUGACAUAAUGCCAGACUUAGCAAAUACAAUUGUUGAAUACUGCAAGAACUUGAAACAUUUGAAACAUAAUCCUAGGUACACAGCUAUAAAUAAUACCGCAUUAAAAAAGCUAACAGAAUUGAAAAAUCUUGAAAGUUUAAUACUAACCAAAACUAAUGAGCUUCAUGAGGAAUCAAUAACUGCAAUUUCAAACAAUUGUAAAAAACUUAAACGUUUAGAAAUUCCUGAUAGCACUAUAAAACCAGCUAUUGAUGAUGAACCACUGUCUUUUCCAUCUGUUCUUGAUGAUUUAUCGAAAUUACAAUAUCUUGAACAUCUCAACUUGCGUUCUACAGAAAAUCUUGAAGAUAGUACAAUCAUUGCUAUUGCUAAUAAUUGUAAAAACCUGAAAAGUUUAAAUAUCGAAAAUUGCAGAAGUCUUACUGAAACAGCUCUCGAUGCUUUAACAAACUUGAAAAAUUUACAAAAACUUAAUGUAGGCUGUCUUAAUAUAAUAACAGACAGCUUCCUUAUGAAAUUGAAAGGAAUAAAAGAAUUGUAUUGUGAUGAUUGCCAGAAACUUACUGAUGCUGGUAUUAUUCAAUUUAUAGAAAAUAAUCCAGAUCUUGAAAGGAUCAAUAUCUGGAUUUUAAAUAAUAUUACAAUUAAUAUGAUUAUUGGUGCUGAUCAGGCAACUAAAAAUCGUACAAAUGGUAUCAUUUUACACAUAAUGGAUUGUAAUUUGUUAUUAAGCGAAGCUUCUAUGUCAAUAAUCACAUCUCAAUGGUUGGUUGUUGAAGAGACCACAUACUCUUGUUUCUAAUUUACGCGUAAUAUUCUUUCAUAAUUUAUUCUUAAAAACACAUACAAAAUGACAUUGUGAGGACAUUGUAAAAAAACAUUUUAUUAUAACUUAUUUUCGAUAUACUUGGAAUCAUAUAAAUUUUAAUGUCAAUGUGAAUAUUUUUGUAAAGCAAAGUUUAAAAAUAAAUAUACUUUUUUAUCAAAUAAAUAUAUUUUUUUGAAUCGGACAAUUAUUUUUAUCUUUCUUUUUAUAAAUUUUCUAUUCUUUUGAUAAAUAAUUAUUCACAAAAAUAAAUUGAUUAAUUAUUCAUCUAAACAAAUAUUUAUCCAGCCAAAAAUAUUUCUAAAGAUUUGUCAAAAAUAAAAAGCAAAUAUUUUACAUAAAAAAUAAUAAA